AUGGAUCGUGAGCGGGAUCGAUAUUGGAGAGAUCGUGAACGUGACUAUAACCGUUAUGUCCCUCCUUAUGAUCAAGCUAAAUCCAAUAAAUCUAGUGCCAUUGACCCUGAAAAGUUCAAGACCGAGGUUAUCCAAAAGAUCCUGGGAUACGCUAAGUUGAUGAAAAAGUUGAUGUCCAAGAAAAACCUUAUUGAAGGUGAUACUAUUGAGGUCACUCAUAGAUGUAGCGCUAUCAUGGAUAGUAAGGUUGCGGAAAAUAAAGAUGACCCCGGAGCAUUCACUAUUCCUUGCACAAUUGGGACGCAUGAAUUUGCAAAAGCUCUAUGUGACCUUGGUGCGAGCAUCAACUUAAUGCCUUUUGUCAUAUAUAAGAAACUUGGUUUUGAUACCCCGAAUCCAACUUCUAUGCGACUCUUGAUGGAGGACUGGUCUAUAAAAAGGUUGGUGGGUAUAUUGUUUAAUGUUCUUAUGAAAGUAGACAAGUUCAUCCUACCGAAGGAUUUCAUGGUAUUGGAUUGUGAAAUGGACCAAGAGGUGCCUAUUAUUCUUGGUCGUCCUUUCUUAGCCAUCGGGAAAGCCAUUGUUGAUCUAGAGCUGGGGGAGAUAAAAUUUAAAGUGCAAGAAGAUGAGGUCUCUUUCAAAAUUUAA